CAGUCCACGCAAGCACUGCAGACGCACAGAGCACAUGUCAUUCUCACGAGAAAGAGUGUCUCGUUCAUUCCAGCAUACAUAACACAGUGCCCACUCGGACUCGAUUGGAUCCCUUCAACAACCAAACAGGACUCAUUCCAACAACAACCCUCGAAUUCCCUUUUACUUUAUUUAUUUUUUUUGGCUCAUGGGCAUCGAAGGAAUUCCUCCAACGGCACUUGUGCAGGUGACCGUGCAGGCUGACUGGACCGACGUCGUCGCCGAAGUCCUGCGACUGAACAGCACGGGCACCUUCUGGAUCUCUUGCUAUAAGCGAGGAUCACCAUCGAUUCAUGGGGCUGCAAAGGUGUCGGUGGUAGACGAGCGCAAGAUCCAAUUUUCAGGACACGACGGAAUUAUUCUGGAGGGUAUUACAAACUACUCAUUCAAGGUCAAGGUUCCAGAGUAUGACAACGUGGAAGUCCAAGUCUACGGAACCGGUAGGAGAACCGAUAUUCCAAAGCUCUCAUGUUUAGAUGUAUCGCCCGAGGGGGCACUGUUUGUGAUGGGAUCUGAGGAUGGGACUCUCAGGAUCGGAGAGACCGAGACCGGGCGGUUGAUUCAAGAGUUGAAGGGCCAUUUUCAAUAUGCCAACACCUGUCGGUUCUUUCCUUCAGGACAAGUGGUUCUGAGUGGGGGUGGUGAUUUCCUGUUGAAGGUUUGGUCCGCAUUGGAUGGAAGCUGCCCCGUUACCAUGAAAGGGCAUACCAAGCUCAUUUCUGAUACUGCGAUCAUCGACCGUGGCCGCAAUGUUUUAUCAUCAUCGAAUGACGGAACUGUCAAACUGUGGGAAGUUGCAUCUGGAACGACAAUCAGGACUUUGUUGCAGCGUGAAGCGAAGGUGAACGCAAUUGCAGUCGACAGUUGGGAGACGCCUCUCGCGACGACACUUCCUUUGGAUCCAAGGGAAGUAGGAACGGAAGGAAAGCUGGUAAUUGCAGCCUCAGAGAAUGGCAUGCUGUAUGGUUUGGAUGUUCGAGCCUCAGAAGAGGCUUUUCAAUGGAAAUCGUUCAAUAAGGCACCGGUACGCUCGUGUCUGUUCUCGGCAGAGCAUUCGCUGAUCGUCACAGGAACCUCCGAGGGAGUCGUUGAAGUCUUUGAUAUCCGGCAGUCCGAACAAGUGCUGAGCAGAUUUCAACGCGGAAGUGCUGGUAUUUCCAGCCUUGCAUUGAGUGCACCAAAAGACAGCGUGGGUCAAGGACCACAUCUCCUUGUUGGCUGUGAUGACAGCGGAUUGUAUGAGACAAAGUCAUUGCGGGAUCCUAGGAUUGAGAUCGAACGUGAAUAUGUCGGGUAUGAUCUGGAUGGCCCUGCACAUAUACGUGUGGUAGCAGGAGGACAUGGAGUGGUGGCGAUCUCGAAGGAAGGAGGGCUGUUGCGGUUCUCUGGGAACCUUGGUCUGAGCUCGACAUGAGAAAAUCAGGGUGAAGGAUGCAUAGCAUCGUCUAACUAUGCGGGACGACGACCCGUCGGUAGAUUUCGACAAAAAUAAAGGGGUGAGGAUGGGGAAACGGAAUGGAAACGCAGGUCGACAGUUGUUUUACAGUUGGAAAAAGGAACUGAAGAAGAAACGAUAUGCACGCUCAUGUGGUGCUUGUGCUGCUCCUUUUUCCCCAUCUGUCGCCUGCUGUAUUUUCUGCAUCUUCUGAAAUCCGGCCUAAUUCUGUUUCCGUGCGUAGAUGCAGAAGAGAAAGAAAAGACGAGGGAGAGAGCAUGAGCCAGCCAGCCACGCUGCUCUCAAUUCCCACAUGCAUCUGAUGACGAUGUGUGGGCCCUUUUUUUUUUUUUUUUUUUUUU